AUGUUCUUGGGCGGCCCAUUUACCUCUAGCGACGGAGAUUGUGUUAUCACGUGCGUGUCGGUAGACUCCCGGCUGGUUCCGGUGCGAACUGAUCAUCCGCGUCGUCGGCGGCCGGGUGUCGCGGUACGUCCAACUUUUGGCAUUUACGAAAAAUAUUCCUGGGUCGACACGCCGCGGUCUCGUGCCGUGGUCGGUGUCUGGCGGUCGGAUUCGGACGGGCUCAUGAGUUUCGUUAGGCAGUGGUUAAUAAGCGAGUGGCCACCUGCCCGACGGUGGCCGAACCGUGGGCAAACGGUGUGCGACGAAUUAGGAAGCGGGAGCUGGGACCGCGCUCUGAUGCGUUGA